AAGUAUGUGAAUCUUGGAAGCAUUGGAGAGGGCAGUUACGGUCUGGUGCUAAAGUGUAGGGACAGAUUAAGUGGAAAGUUGGUGGCCAUUAAAAAGUUUAUUGAAAGUGAGGAUGACAAGUCCGUGAAGAAGAUUGCCAUGAGAGAAAUACAUUUAUUAAAGCAACUUCGCCAUGAAAACUUAGUGAAUUUAAUUGAAGUUUUUCGGCGAAAGAAACGUUUGUAUCUGGUUUUUGAAUUUGUUGACAAAACCCUACUCCACUAUUUAGAACAAUCUCCAAGAGGACUUGAUAGGGAUUUCAUUAAAAGGAUUCUCUAUCAGGUCAUCAGGGCACUUGAAUUUUGUCAUAUACAUAAUAUAAUUCAUCGUGAUGUAAAACCUGAAAAUGUGUUGAUAACAAAGUGGGGCAUCGUGAAAUUGUGUGAUUUUGGAUUCGCUCGCAUCAUAGCCAAGCCUGGAGAGGCGUACACAGAAUAUGUGGCAACGAGGUGGUACCGAGCCCCCGAGCUGCUGGUUGGUGAUUCCCGAUAUGGCAGAGCAGUGGAUAUUUGGGCUCUAGGUUGUUUGCAUGCUGAGAUGCUGACUGGCCAGCCUUUGUUUCCAGGCGAUUCAGACCUCGAUCAACUCUUCAACAUUCUAAAAUGCUUUGGCAAGUUGUUACAUGAAGAUAGGCUGAACAACAACUCUGCAUUCAGGUUUGAGAUAACUCAAAUUCAAGUGACCCAACCACUCCAUGCCAAGGUGCAUGGAUGCAAUGGACUUGAAUAUCAAUUCAUUUCUGCCUGCCUCGAGCUGGACCCUCAGGAUCGACCAACCUGCUCCCACUUGCUCCUACACCCUCUCUUCACUCACGAUGGCUUCAAUGAUUCCUUCCCUGAUGAGAUGAUGGAGAUGAUGAAGAAUGAU